GCAGAAGGGUCGUGUGCAACUGACACUUUGCACAAAAGAAGAGGAGGAAGAAGAGGAAAGUGACAACUGCGAACAUCCACUUGCAACAGCAGUGCACACAACGAGUUCAGGAUGGAUCCGCGGGACUUGGCGGCGUUCCAGCCAAAGCAGCUGGAGGAAGUGAACAGGGACGUUGCCGGCAAGCGAGCACACGAUGCUGAAGGCGACAGUGACCAGCACGCAAGCAAGCGUGCAGCAGUGAUGUCACGCGACGACCCCAUGUAUGACGACGAUGGAGAGGACGAGGAGGAGCAAGAGAAGCUGCGCAUCCUUCGCCAAAUCCAGGAGGACAAGUCGGAGGUUCGCGCGUUUGAUGCAACGACCAUGAAGAAGCUUGCUCUUGGGCUGGAGCGCAAGUUCACUGCCAACCAACAGAUGCGCAUCAAGCACCCUGAUGAGCCCCUCAAGUUCAUGGAAUCGGAGGUGCAGUUGCACGAUGAGAUCAAAGGCUUCAGCGUCGCCGCCACAGCUCCGCAGCACUACGGCGCCUUGAUUCGCCUCAACACCCCCGCCACCCUCAUUGCCCUCCUUGGCCACGAGAACACCGACAUCGUCGUCGCCACCAUCAAUGUGCUUCAGGAGAUGACCGAUCUUGAGACCUCCACCCAGGGCAUCGAGCAAGCGGCAAAGUUCGCAGACGCGCUGAUGGAGAACGACUUCUUCGACACGCUGCUGCCGAGCUUGGACGGCCUCAACGAAGCAAGGAAGGACGAGGCAGAGGCCAUACACAACACCAUGUCCAUCAUUGAACACAUGAUUGAGAUGAGGGACACCAUGGGCGAGACCCUAGUGCUCAAUACCCGGGUUCUUCCCUGGCUCAUCGCUCGCAUCAAGAGGAGGUAUGGGAGCAACACGCUGUACGCGAGCGAGCUGCUUGCAAUGCUGCUGCAACAGAGCGAGAAGACCAAAGAGAAGUUUGGCAAGAUUGAUGGCAUUGACGCGCUGCUGCAGACGCUUGCGCGGUACCGGAAGAUGGAUCCGGCCUCCGACGAAGAAGCGGAAUGCAUGGAGAACAUCUUCGAUUCGCUCUGCUCGGCCAUCCUCCUUGAAGCGAACAAGGCGCGAUUCAUGGAGGCGGAGGGCGUUGAGCUGAUGGUUCGCCUGCUUCGGCAGCGGAAACUCAGCCGCUUCGGCGCACUUAAGGUUGUUGAUUUCAUCACGACGGAAGGGGAGUACAGCCGUCGCGCUGCCGACAUUUUCCUGGAGCAGUUGGGCCUGGCGGCACUCUUUCCGCUACUCAUGAAGAUUCCGAAAAUGAAGAAGUUCGCGACAUACAAGGGCAGCGAGGGCAAGCUGGAGGAGCAUGUUGUGUCACUGCUGGCGUCGCUGCUGCGAGAACUGCGGGACACGGAUCGCCCACGACAGCGCAUCCUUGCCAAGUUUGUGGAGAAGAACUUUGAAAAAUGUGUGCGUCUGGCCGAGUUACAUGAACAACACAGUCAGCUGCUGCAGAGGUGUGAGCGCCAACUCGAGGCCGAACGAGAGCAUGCACGCGCACAGGAUGAAGUCAUCGACGAGGAGUAUGAAAACGAAGAAUAUCUUGACCGCCUCGACAAUGGCCUGACCAUGCUGCAAUAUGUCGAUUACGUCGUGGCGGAAGUGGUCGAUGGCCUUGGUGAUGAGAUGCGCUCUGAGAUGAUUCGCAUCUUCAAGCUCAAGCGAGCAAACUUUGAAGAAGUCAAAACCAUCCUCGAAGACUACGCGGAGAACACAGGCGAGGCUGACAAGGAAGGCACUUUUGGCCAUCGUCUGCUGCAGCUGGCGCGCACAGUCGUUGGACAGCACAGCAGCGAGCCUGAACCGCAAACAUCCGCAACACCAGAAGCCAAGAAGGAACCAUCUGACAAGUAGUGUGUGUGUGUGUGUGUGUCUGUGCGUCUGUGUGUCUGUGUGUGUGUGUGUGUGUGUGUGUGUGUGGUGUAACAAAAUCCGGACAUUGCCGUUUUGUCAUUUUGGCGGGAAAAUGAACCUUCCGA